UGCCCCAUGCGAACAGACGCGUUUGCUCCCAAGUUGUCUGUGAUUGUGUGUGACAGCAGAGCUUACUUUCUUUACCGGCCCCUUUAAUGUUUCUACAUUCAUGAUGACAAUAUCAACUCAACAAAGGGAAAUGGAACUGUGGCUUUCCAGUUUCUUUCCAGUUUCUGUGAUAUUUUUUGUCUUAGUUGGCAUUUCAUACACUGGAAUCUUCGACAAUGCUGAAUUAGAAAUUGGCCUGGAACAUUAUGCAGAAGAAGCAUGGCUGCCAUUUACUAAUGUGAUGCCUCUAAACACAUUGAUCAACUUUGGAUAUACAGGACUCGGUCUUUACUGGUGUUGGUUCACUAAAACAGCAACUACUCAAGGAAUGUUGAAAGGAAACGAUUCAAGGUUGUUUUAUUGUUUGAACAUAAUGGCCAGCAUUUAUGGUGUGGUUCAGUUUCUGAGAAUCACAACUCAGACUGUCAUUUGGGCUGUGCUGGAUCAGUGGUGUACAUUGCCGUUUUUCGCCCUUCUUCUCGGAUGGGGAUUGUAUCUUCAGCGGGGCUGGUCAUCUCUUCGCUUUUUUGUGAUUUUGACCAUCUCCAUACUGAGUUACGGCUUGGUGCUUAUUUCAAAGAUAGGGUUUGAGAUUGCUCUUGGAUUUCACAUUUUGGCUGCUGUUACUGGUGGGAUAAUAGCGUACAGGAAAUAUCCACCGUAUGGCAGCUUAAGGACAUUUUUUUUGGCUUUGUUGUCUUGUUCAGGUUUUGUUAUUUUGAAACUGCUUGAUCACCAGCUGCCUUUCUUGUUUUGUGGCUUCAAAUAUGUUUCUGGUCACUUCUUAUCGAAAAUAUGUGAUAUCUACCAAAUUUAUUUUGUAAAUGACUUUUUCCUUGACAUUACUCUUGAAAAAGCAGCAAGUAUUAGUCUUGAAGAUAAAUUAAACUUUGAACAAUGCUCAGGUGUGUAUCAGCAUCUUAAACAUAAAGCUACAAAUGAUAUUAGAUAUGAGAAUCCUUUCAAAUCAAAACAAAAAUACAUUUAGUGAACUUUCCCAUGUUUUUUGUUGUUGCUGUCAAUAGUA